AUGACGAUCAAGUGUUUCUCUGUGGAGUACAAUAAGAUGAAUGAAAGAGCAGCUUUCUCUCCUGGAGACACCCUCUCUGGCAGAGUGAUUGUGGAGGCCAGGAAAGAGACCAAAGUGCAGUGUUUGAUGGUCAAAGCCAAAGGGAAAGCCGAGGUCAAAUGGUAUGACCAAGACGGGCAAACCUCGACGCUCCACCAAGAGAAGAAGAAAUACUUCCAUUUGGAGAUCAUUAUUCUUCAGGAUAAAAAUAAAUGUGAUGGUUCAGAAAUCAUUGGUCAAGGGAGAAAUGUGUAUCCUUUUACCUUCGUAAUUCCAAAUAUAGAUAUGCCUUCAUCAUAUGAGGGACAAUGGGGCAGGAUUGCAUACUCUUUAAACGCAAAACUGACCUUGUCAAUCUGGAGCAUCCACAAAAGGAAGAUUGAAUUCCCAUUUCUGACCAAGUCUGACUUCCCCUUUGCUUCCAAAUCAGAAAUGAUAAUCCUUGGACUUCAGGAGCAGCAGUCUGCAACGAAAAUGUCAUUUUAUGGAUCUGGAAAAGUGACUUUGAAUGUUACCUCAGAAAGAACAGGACUGAGGCAAGGUGAAACAAUGCAAGUGUCUGUUGAAGUACUCAACAGCGCAACUCACGCGGUAACACCCAAAUUCUACUUUUGUGAGAAACAGACCUUUGUCGCUCAGUCAAAGACUAUUGUGCACAUCAAUGAGAUCCUCUUCGGGACGGGAGAGUCAGUCCAAGCUCAGACCAAACGAACCAUAAGGAAUGUUCUGAGUAUCCCUUCCCAGCUCCUCCCCACCUUCUUCAACUGCUCCUUGAUGAAGCUCGAGCACACAAUCAAGGUCACUCUUGGUGAUCACAUGGCUAGAGAUCCAGACAUCAAACUUCCUCUGGUCAUUCUGCUGGGUUCGUCCAAAUUACAUCACAAGAAAGCCAAAGAGAGCCCCGAGACGUGGAAGUAA